CCACUACAUUACCCUGUAUAUACCUAUCAUUUACAGGUCCACUUCAUCCUUCAGGAGGUGGUGAUGGGGGGGAUGGUGCUGGAGACCAACAUGAAUGAGAUCGUGGGCCAGGUAGAGCUGCAGAACCGCAUGGAGAAAUCAGAGGUUAGUCUGUUCACUCACUGGUCCUGUGGUUAGUCUGGUCACUCACUGGUCCUGUGGUUAGUCUGGUCACUCACUGGUCCUGUGGUUAGUCUGGUCACUCACUGGUCCUGUGGUUAGUCUGGUCACUCACUGGUCACUCACUGGUCCUGUGGUUAGUCUGGUCACUCACUGGUCCUGUGGUUAGUCUGGUCACUCACUGGUCCUGUAGUUAGUCUUUCCUCUGUUAGUCUGGUGACUGGUCCUGUAGGUAGUCCUUCCUCUGUUAGUCUGGUCACUGGUCCUGUAGUGGUCCUGUCACAUAAUAAACAGCUUACCUGUAGUCCCCAGUCACAUAAUAAACAGCUUACCUGUAGUCCCCAGUCACAUAAUAAACAGCUUACCUGUAGUCCCCAGUCACAUAAUAAACAGCUUACCUGUAGUCCCCAGUCACAUAAUAAACAGCUUACAUGUAGUCCCCAGUCACAUAAUAAACAGCUUACCUGUAGUCCCCAGUCACAUAAUAAACAGCUUACCUGUAGUCCCCAGUCACAUAAUAAACAGCUUACCUGUAGUCCCCAGUCACAUAAUAAACAGCUUACCUGUAGUCCCCAGUCACAUAAUAACAGCUACCUGUAGUCCCCAGUCAACAUAAUAAACAGCUUACCUGUAGUCCCCAGUCACGUAAUAAACAGCUUACCUGUAGUCCCCAGUCACAUAAUAAAACAGCUUCCCUGUAGUCCCCAGUCCCAUAAUAAACAGCUUACUGUAGUCCCCAGUCACAUAAUAAACAGCUUACCUGUAGUCCCCAGUCACAUAAUAAACAGCUUACCUGUAGUCCCCCAGUCACAUAAUAAAUACAGCUUACCUGUAGUCCCCCAGUCACAUAAUAAACAGCUUACCUGUAGUCCCCAGUCACAUAAUAAAACAGCUUACCUGUAGUCCCCAGCCACAUAAUAAAACAGCUUACCUGUAGUCCCCAGUCAAUAAUAAACAGCUUACCUGUAGUCCCCAGUCACAUAAUAAAAACAGCUUACCUGUAGUCCCCAGUCACAUAAUAAACAGCUUACUGAGUCCCCAUCACAUAAUAAACAGCUUACCUGUAGUCCCCAGUCACAUAAUAAACAGCUUACCUGUAGUCCCCAGUCACAUAAUAAACAGCUUACCUGUAGUCCCCAGUCACAUAAUAAACAGCUUACCUGUAGUCCCCAGUCACAUAAUAAACAGCUUACCUGUAGUCCCCAGUCACAUAAUAAACAGCUUACCUGUAGUCCCCAGUCACAUAAUAAACAGCUUACCUGUAGUCCCCAGUCACAUAAUAAACAGCUUACCUGUAGUCCCCAGUCACAUAAUAAACAGCUUACCUGUAGUCCCCAGUCACAUAAUAAACAGCUUACCUGUAGUCCCCAGUCACAUAAUAAACAGCUUACCUGUAGUCCCCCAGUCCAUAAUAAACAGCUUACCUGUAGUCCCCAGUCACAUAAUAAACAGCUUACCUGGAGUCCCCAGUCACAUAAUAAACAGCUUACCUGUAGUCCCCAGUCACAUAAUAAACAGCUUCCCUGUAGUCCCCAGUCACAUAAUAAACAGCUUACCUGUAGUCCCCAGUCACAGGGUGUUUGUUUAGAAGCAUUGACCAGAGACCGGAGCCUUGGGAGUCACUCCCUGUUGUGCAGCACGCGCCAGAUGAUCUAGUUACAGGAUGGAAUUCACAAAUAAAUAUUGUGUGCCAGUAGUUCAAACAGACAGCUUAGUGCAUUCAACAUGUCAAUACCUCUCACAAAUACAAGAAGUGAUGAAGUCAAUCUCUCCUCUACUUUGAGCCAGGAGAGAUUGACAUGCAUAUUAUUAAUGUUAGCUUUCUGUGUACAUCCAAGGGCCAGCCGUGCUGCCCUGUUCUGAGCCAAAUGUAAUUUUCCCAAGUCCCUCUAUGUGGCAUCUGACCACACGACUGAACAGUAGUCCAGGUGUGACCAAACUAGGGCCUGUAGGACCUGCCCUGUUGAUAGUGUUGUUAAGAAGGCAGAGCAGCGCUUUAUUAUGGGCAGACUUCUCUCCAUCUUAGCUACUGUUGUAUCAAUAUGUUUUGACCAUGACAGUUUACAAUCCAGGGUUACUCCAAGCAGUUUAGUCUCCUCAACUUGCUCAAUUUUCACAUUAUUUAUUACAAAAUUUAGUCGAGGUUUAGGGUUUAGUGAAUGAUUUGUCCCAAAUACAAUGCUUUUAGUUUAAAUAUUUAGGACUAACUUAUUCCUUGCCACCCAUUCUGAAACUAAUUGCAGCUCUUUGUUAAGUGUUGCAGUGAUUUCAGUCGCUGUAGUAGCUGACGUGUAUAGUGUUGAGUCAUCCGCAUACAUAGACACACUGGCUUUACUCAAAGCCAAUGGCAUGUCGUUAGUAAAGAUUGAAAAAAGUAAGGGGCCUAGACAGCUGCCCUGGGGAAUUCCUGAUUCUACCUGGAUUAUGUUGGAGAGGCUUCCAUUAAAGAACACCCUCUGUGUUCUGUUAGACAGGUAACUCUUUAUCCACAAUAUAGCAGGGGGUGUAAAGCCAUAACACAUACGUUUUUCCAGCAGCAGACUAUGAUCGAUAAUGUCAAAAGCCUUAUUGAAGGCUAACAAAACAGCCCCCACAAUAUUUGUAUCAUUAAUUUCUCUCAGCAAAUCAUCAGUCAUUUGUGUAAGUGCUGUGCUUGUUGAAUGUCCUUCCCUAUAAGCGUGCUGAAAGUCUGUCAAUUUGUUUAGUGUAAAAUAGCAUUGUAUCUGGUCAAACACCAUUUUUUCCAAAAGUUUACUAAGGCUUGGUAACAGGCUGAUUGGUCGGCUAUUUGAGCCAGUAAAGGGGACUUUACUAUUCUUGGAUAGCGGAAUGACUUUUGCUUCCCUCCAGGCCUGAGGGCACACACUUUCUAGUAGGCUUAAAUUGAAGAUAUGGCAAAUAGGAGUGGCAAUAUCGUCCGCUAUUAUCCUCAGUAAUUUUCCAUCCAAGAUGUCAGACCACGAUGGCGUUAGUCUUGACUCUAGAGGGCUUUAGGGCUGGGUCUUAUUCAUUAGUGAACACCGUAAGCUAAAACAUUUGCAACGGAAAACAAGUCUUUAUUGGACAGAUUCAGGUUGUAGGUCUCUCCCUGUUUUGGCCUGUUUGCUUCCGUUCCUAGUGAAUACGACCCUCGUCUCCCAGAGAGAGAUGAAGCCUACUGGAGAUUCUCCAUUCAACAGGAUUUCUAGUCCAGAACGAGCCCCUUAGUGUCUUCUCCCUAUUACAGUUGAUGAGUUCCUUUUACUGUGUUUACUGCAUAGCUGGUGUAGAAAUCCCUAAACCCGGAGGUCUGACUGAUCCGUCUGUUUCAGGGGGGCUUCUCGGCGGCGCCGGCGCGGGCGGUCUCGGCGGUGAAGAACAUGAACCUCCCAGAAAUGCCUCGCAACAUAAACAUCGGAGACAUCAAUAUCAAAGUGCCCAGCCUCUCUCCCUUCUGACCAGGGAACGGAGCACGGUCUAGGCCCAAAUGGCACCCUGUUCCCUUUAUAGUGCACUACUUUUGACCAGAGCCCUAUGGGGGCUUCUGCCCUUCUGGUCUAAAGUAGUGCACUACACUAUCUAUUAGUGCACUAUAAGAUGUGAGAAACACUAUGACUUAUACAGUAUGUCUAUUCCUAUGGGCCCUGGUCCAUAGAAGUAGUGCACUAUGUAGGGAAUAGGGUGCCAUUCUGGACUCCCAGCAGGCCUCAGCUGGCAGAGCAGCAAGGGAGGAGGAGGUUGACUGUAUGUUGGACAGGGUUGGUUGUCACUAUGCUGGGUUACUGAUGUUUGGACCCUGGGGCUCCUCUCUGUUCAAAAUGCUACAACUAAAUAAUACACCUCUGCUUCUCUAUUGAUGAUAACACAACCAGCUCUGUCAGGACAUUACCUCUCCUUCCUUCCUGUCAGGACAUUACCCCUCCUUCCUUCCUUCCUUCCUUCCUGUCAGGACAUUACCCCUCCUUCCUUCCUUCCUGUCAGGACAUUACCCCUCCAUCCUUCCUUCCUUCCUUCCUGUCAGGACAUUACCCCUCCUUCCUUCCUAUCAGGACAUUACCCCUCCUUCCUUCCUGUCAGGACAUUACCCCUCCUUCCUUCCUGUCAGGACAUUACCCCUCCUUCCUUCCUUCCUUCCUAUCAGGACAUUACCCCUCCUUCCUUCCUGUCAGGACAUUACCCCUCCUUCCUUCCUAUCAGGACAUUACCCCUCCUUCCUUCCUGUCAGGACAUUACCCCUCCUUCCUUCCUGUCAGGACAUUACCCCUCCUUCCUUCCUAUCAGGACAUUACCCCUCCUUCCUUCCUGUCAGGACAUUACCCCUCCUUCCUUCCUGUCAGGACAUUACCCCUCCUUCCUUCCUUCCUGUCAGGACAUUACCCCUCCUUCCUUCCUUCCUGUCAGGACAUUACCCCUCCUUCCUUCCUUCCUGUCAGGACAUUACCCCUCCUUCCUUCCUGUCAGGACAUUACCCCUCCUUCCUUCCUGUCAGGACAUUACCCCUCCUUCCUUCCUACCUUCCUAUCAGGACAUUACCCCUCCUUCCUUCCUGUCAGGACAUUACCCCUCCUUCCUUCCUAUCAGGACAUUACCCCUCCUUCCUUCCUGUCAGGACAUUACCCCUCCUUCCUUCCUGUCAGGACAUUACCCCUCCUUCCUUCCUAUCAGGACAUUACCCCUCCUUCCUUCCUGUCAGGACAUUACCCCCUCCUUCCUUCCUGUCAGGACAUUACCCCCUCCUUCCUUCCUUCCUGUCAGGACAUUACCCCUCCUUCCUUCCUUCCUGUCAGGACAUUACCCCUCCUUCCUUCCUUCCUGUCAGGACAUUACCCCUCCUUCCUUCCUUCCUUCCUGUCAGGACAUUACCCCUCCUUCCUUCCUUCCUUCCUGUCAGGACAUUACCCCUCUUCCUUCCUUCCUUCCUGUCAGGACAUUACCCCUCCUUCCUUCCUUCCUGUCAGGACAUUACCCCUCCUUCCUUCCUUCCUGUCAGGACAUUACCCCUCCUUCCUUCCUUCCUUCCUGUCAGGACAUUACCCCUCCUUCCUUCCUCCCUGUCAGGACAUUACCCCUCCAUCCUUCCUUCCUGUCAGGACAUUACCCCUCCAUCCUUCCUUCCUGUCAGGACAUUACCCCUCCAUCCUUCCUUCCUGUCAGGACAUUACCCCUCCUUCCUUCCUUCCUGUCAGGACAUUACCCCUCCAUCCUUCCUUCAUGUCAGGACAUUACCCCUACAUCCUUCCUUCCUGUCAGGACAUUACCCCUCCUUCCUUCCUUCCUGUCAGGACAUUACCCCUCCUUCCUUCCUUCCUGUCAGGACAUUACCCCUCCUUCCUUCCUGUCAGGACAUUACCCCUCCUUCCUUCCUUCCUUCCUUCCUUCCUUCCUGUCAGGACAUUACCCCUCCUUCCUUCCUUCCUUCCUUCCUGUCAGGACAUUACCCCUCCUUCCUCCCUUCCUUCCUUCCUUCCUUCCUUCCUGUCAGGACAUUACCCCUCCUUCCUUCCUUCCUGUCAGGACAUUACCCCUCCUUCCUUCCUUCUUCCUUCCUGUCAGGACAUUACCCCUCCUUCCUUCCUUCCUUCCUGUCAGGACAUUACCCCUCCUUCCUUCCUUCCUUCCUGUCAGGACAUUACCCCUCCUUCCUUCCUUCCUUCCUGUCAGGACAUUACCCCUCCUUCCUUCCUUCCUGUCAGGACAUUACCCCUCCUUCCUUCCUUCCUUCCUUCCUGUCAGGACAUUACCCCUCCUUCCUUCCUUCCUGUCAGGACAUUACCCCUCCUUCCUUCCUUCCUUCCUUCCUUCCUUCCUUCCUUCCUUCCUUCCUUCCUUCCUUCCUUCCUUCCUUCCUUCCUUCCUUCCUUCCUUCCUUCCUUCCUUCCUUACUGUCAGGACAUUACCCCUCCAUCCUUCCUUCCUUCCUGUCAGGACAUUACCCCUCCUUCCUUCCUUCCUGUACUCAUUAUUGUUAUUCACUGUGUGUUUAUUCCUCGUCACUGAUCUCAUCUUUCCCCCUUUAUUGUAUCUGUUGAAAACAUUUCCCUGUUAGUCUCCACCUGUUGUUACCAAGUAUGUGACAAAUACAAUGUGAUUAGAUUUCUCCUCAUGGGAGAUGUGUAGCACUGCUGACAGCGUAGUUUAGUUUUCCUGUACGUGUGAAAUGA